UAGACCAAGGAAACUUCAUCCCACUUUUGUUUCUGCAUUUCUCGUCCAUAGCUGCCCUUGGUAACAGUGAGUCCUCGUGCCAUCAUUGCCAUGAAAAGCCCCUCUCUCUCUUUCUUAUAUCAGAUUUCCGAUACAAACAAUUUCUCCCUUGUAGCUCUACAUUUCUUUUCAUAAUAUAAAAGAGCGCCCAAGGCAUUCAUUCUCUUCAACUCUCUCCUUUUAAUUAAACUUCUCUAAUCUCUACCUUGGAGAAAGCUGGCCAAAAUGUGCAUCAACUCUGCAGACUUGAGUUCACUCAUGACUACUACUACUUCAACGUUACUUGCUUCUCGCUAUGGACGGCCAUUGAAGCGAUGCAACCUUCGAGUUCGCCGUCUAAACAGGAGGAGGAGAAGAAGAGCAUCAAAAUUAGAUGCAAAAAGAAAGGAGAAGAUGGGUGUCAGGGCAGAGAUGGAACUAAUGAACCUGAAGCUUUACAGGGAGAAUCAGAUCAUCAUAAAACAAAACGAGAAGCUGAAAAAAAAGGCACUUCUUCUCCGGCAAGAGAACCAAGCCUUGUUAUCUCAAUUACAAACCAAGUUCGCCUCACAACCACCAUCAUCACUAAUAUUAUUACAACACGAUGACUGAGCUUAGUGAUAAAUAAGAACGAAGGGUCCACUCCCUAAUUUCUUCCAAGUUUGAUCCUGGUAAUACGGAGUCUAUAUAACUUAGUACUGUCGGUCAUUUAGCUUGAUUAUCUCCUUUCUUUUGUUCCUUUUAAUUUUUUCUCUUAAUUUUUAUCUUGUUACUACAGCUUGCGAACCAGGCUUCAAUAUUCAAUAAAAUUAUCUGUCCUCGACUGUCCUAUAAUCA